GCCGGUCGCACACCAGAUACAGACAAACCACCAUGGAGUCACUUCUUUUUCUAUUUCCUCAAUUCAACUACAUGGCCCCAAAGGAGGAAGCGCAUUUCAAAAUGCUUAGUCCAGAAGACUUGCAGGCAGCAAAGAUGAAGGAGGAUACUAGCAGACAGAAAGACAAGGAGAGGAAGAGCCGACUAAGCCUUUUUCUCACCAAGUCAGGCUCUCAUGAAAACGUCAGUCACAAUCAAAAGACAAAUACAGCAUCCACCAACAUCUUACCAGAAGCAGCGCUGCAAUGGAGCGACUCCUUUGAAGAAUUGCUGCAGCACUCAGACGGGGUGGAAAGCUUCUCUCAGUUCCUCAGAACAGAGUUCAGUGAGGAAAACAUUGAGUUCUGGUUGGCCUGUGAAGAAUACAAGACCAUUGAAUCAGACACAAAGCUGCUGUCCAAAGCCAAAUAUAUUUAUACCAUUUAUAUUGAUUCAGAGGCACCUAAAGAGAUCAACAUUGACUACAACACCAAGUCAGCCAUUCAAAAGGUCAUAGCGCAGCCCACAAAGAGCUGUUUCGAAGCAGCCCAGAUGAAAGUCUACAGCCUGAUGAAAAAAGACUCCUACCCCCGGUUCCUCCACUCUGACAUGUAUCUGCGUCUCACCAGGAGGAAAGGCCCAGGGGCCACCAUGUUUCGCAGACGGUCACGCUCCUGUGUGUUCAACGACAGGGGCGAGGCCACAACUGGACCUUCAGCCUGGUAGAGGUCGGCUAACAUUGCAGGCGGUGGUUUGAUGAUUAGCAGCACAACAAGUGCAAUGUGUGGUUUGGAGGCUUAUAAACGACAGGUUGGGCUUCUGCAGUGUGUUAUUUUUUGUAUAACCACUGAAAUAAUGACAGCUUGACAAUGAUUAAUAAUUUAAAGAAUUAGUUCUAGAUUUCAGAAAUAUGCUUAUUUGCUUUCACGCAGAGAGUACAUUGAGAAGCUUGAUACCACUCUCCUACCACACAGAUGUAUCUUCUCAUCAUCUUCUUCUUCUCAUCUUGGCAAGAAAGUGAAAGACGUAUUUCCCAUGAUAUCAAAUGUUAAGUACGAUACUACACAGCUGGAUAACAGCUGACACCAUUCGCCUUUUGACCAAAAGAGUGCAUAUAGAAAUAUAACGAGGCCACUACGUCAGAGCCGCGUGGUUAUCUGAACAUAAUGGACACCCCUCUGGCCAAUCAGAACUAAGUAUUCUCUGUGGCCAUAACAGAUUAUUCACUUUGCACAUGUGGAUCAAUUUAACCAUUCUCCUUCUCUGAGGCACUGCACUGCCUGUGGAUUGAAUCGUUAUUGAUGAGUUUCAGAUUUCUUCGAAUAAUGUAAAACUUGAAUGUCAAUAGGAAGGUUAGGGACAGAAUAUGAGCUGAAGUGCCUUCGUACUACUAACAGUAUCCAUCCAGCUGUACAGGCAGCCACUCUGAGGCCACUCUCCUAACUUCAGACUCAUUCUACUUAAAUUGCUUUGUCUUCCAGUCCAGCAAUAGCACCUUAUACAACCUUAAUACAGUUGAUAUGGCAUACAAUCUAAUUUGACAGUAUUUCAUGAAAAUGGACUCAUGAUUGACGCAUUGUCCAACCCACUCCAGGCCAACUUGCAGAGAAAGCCUGCUGCUGCCGUGGUGACUGCAAAGCACAGCAACUUUUGAAUGAGGGAUAUAUAUCUCUCAUUUCUGUUUCUGAAUUUAAAUGGAUCCCAUUUUCACACACAGAUUAAUGCAUUUAUCUUAUUUGAAUACUAAUAUGACAUUCUAAUAAUUAUAAUUGCUGUUUUUCCUUUUUUCUUUCAUCUAAUAUAAUGUAUGUAUUACCAUGCUCAGAUGAGUUGCCUUGCUGUUGUAAGAUGUACAUACUAAACUCAAAUAAACACUUUCUUAAUAAGC